AUCUUGUAAAUGGAUACAUCAAGGGUGUUAAUACGAACUGAUAAGACACGAAGCAAUCUUAGAUAAGUCCCGUGUCUUUAUCAUUGUUCACACGUAUUAUUAUCAUUAUUUCAAUGUCUUUUAAGUGUUUAAGAUAGGGUGCUAGGGUCGAAUUGCUAUAGUAAAUUAUAACGUGUGUGUAGGGUAGUUUGUCAAUCGUUUAUAUGCCUAAAGAAAUUAGGACACCAUGCUAAAUAGUUGUUAUUUUUUAAAAAUAUCAUUGAGUUAUAUUCGGAUCAUCUACACAAACAGGAAGGGAAGCUUGAACAGUUUUAAGCUGUGAGUGAAUUUCUGGAAUUUAUUUUGGUGUUCAGUUUGAUUAAAGUGUAUUCAUCAGUAUCAGAGCCUUGAAUCAAGAUGGACACGCCAGGAUUAGACCAUUGGGCUGACAUCACAGUUGUUGCCAUAUAUUUUGUUUUGGUUCUGGCAGUGGGUUUAUGGUCACUAUGUAGACCAAAUCGUGGAAGUGUUAAAAGUUAUUUUCUUGCUGGUAGAGACAUGAAAUGGUUCCCGGUUGGAGCAUCGCUAUUCUCCAGUAAUAUUGGCAGUGAACAUUUUGUAGGACUGGCUGGUACUGGUGCAGCAUCUGGUAUAGCUAUGGUCAUGUAUGAAUGGAUUUCAAUGCCACUAGUAAUUUGUUUAGGAUGGAUAUUUUUACCUGUUUAUAUAUCAGCUGGGGUUUACACAAUGCCAGAAUAUAUGGAGAAGAGAUUUGGUGGGAAGAGGAUUAGAGUAUAUUUAAGUUGUUUAUCUCUAGUACUCUAUAUAGUAACUAAGUUAGCGGUUAGUAUAUAUGCUGGUGGAUUAUUUAUAAAACUAGCUCUAGCAUGGAAUAUGUAUAUAUCUGUUACUGGUUUAUUACUAAUUACUGGUUUAUAUACAGUAUUAGGGGGAUUGGCAGCUGUCAUCUACACAGAUACAUUUCAAACUGUCGUCAUGACGAUAGGAGCUUUAAUAUUAUGUGCUAUAAGUUUUGAUAAAAUUGGGGGUUAUGAAGCUUUGCAGUAUAAAUACAUGGAAGCUAUACCAUCUGUUCGCGCAAAUAAUACAACUUGUGGGGAACCUAGAGCAGACGCUUUUCAUAUCUUCCGUGAUCCUAUCAACUCAGACAAUCCAUGGCCAGGACUCCUGAUACAAACUAGUUUGGGCUGCCUUUGGUACUGGUGCUGUGAUCAGGUCAUCGUUCAGAGAACACUAGCUGCUAAAAACCUAACCCACGCUAAAGCUGGUUCUAUAUUAGCUGGAUAUCUGAAACUUCUACCAUUAUUUCUAAUGAUAUUCCCGGGUAUGAUUAGUAGAGCAUUGUAUCCAGAUUCAAUUGGUUGUGUAGAUCCCGCGGAAUGUGAGAAAUAUUGUGAAAAUGCUGUUGGUUGUUCCAAUAUAGCUUAUCCUAAAUUAGUACUAGAGUUACUACCAGUAGGUUUGAGGGGUUUAUUAAUGGCGGUCAUGUUAUCAGCUAUAAUGAGUUCUCUGACGUCCAUCUUUAAUAGCGCCAGUACAUUAUUCACCAUGGAUCUAUGGCGGAGGAUGCGACCUGUAGCACAAGAAAGAGAAUUACUUAUAGUAGGAAGAUUAUUCGUCCUCUUCUUAUGUGGUGUGAGUAUCCUUUGGAUUCCACUUGUAAAAUCUUCACAAGGUGGACAACUCUUCAAUUAUAUUCAAGCUGUCCAGGGAUAUCUUGGUACACCCAUUACAUCGUUAUUUGUCAUGGCGGUGUUCUGGAAAAGAAUGAAUGAAAACGGUGCUUUUUGGGGAAUUGCUGUUGGACAUGUCUGUGGAGUGAUACGAAUGGCAGUAGAUUUCAGUUAUCCAGCACCAGAAUGCGGGGAAGAAGAAUCUCGUCCUUCAGUGUUACUUUAUGUCCAUUAUACAUAUUUUGGUUCAAUGAUACUAAUUAUAACGUGUAUUAGUAUAGUUAUAUUUAGUUUAAUUAGUAAAGCUCCUACAGAAGAACAAUUACGCGGGGUAACGUAUUGGACCAGGAUAGAUAAACUGUCCGAAGAAACCAGAAAAUUCGAGGAGGAAAAUCUUAACUCAUUCAAUGGGCAUUCUGAUAUGAAACUAGAAUCUAGUGAAGAAGUAGUUAUAGAAGAAACUGAAACGAAAGGCUGUAAUUAUUGGGCCAGAUUUAUAUGCGGUUUACCUGAAAACAAACCAGAUCGUGGCACACCGGGAAUAUCACAGAAACAAAUCAGACAAUUUCUUUACGAAAAUCCAAAAUGGCAGACAUUUAUGAAUAUCAAUGCUGCUCUUGGUUGUGUGGUAAUGGCAUUUUUAACUGGUUUCUUUCAUUAAGGAUUGUUGUCUUAAUUCAUUGUUUGGAGUUGUUUGUGAAGCAUACGGAACGACAUCACCACAACCAUGAAUCCACAAAAUAAUCUAUUUGAAUUGAAAUAAAUUUGAAUUGAAAUUCAUGUUUUGGGUUCUCAUUUAGAACAGAAUAAGGCAAAACAAAAUUUUAACAUUAUUAGUUUACUGGAAACCUGCGAUUUCGGAUAAAAAUGUUAAGGAUUUUUAAAACUGUGCAGCGUUUUUCGAAUGUUAUAGUGGUUACUGAUACUUAAAGUAGCUAAGUCUCUAACUCAAUAUCAUCCAAAAUCUUCAACAUUGAAAACACGAUUUAUUUGUCAAAUUAAAUCAACAUUGAUGUUGUGAUCUUACCGGAAUAAGAUGGGCUUUUGAUAUCCAAUAUUUAAGACAAAAUAAACAUUUUACCAUUGGUACACGAAUCGUGUACCAUAAUGCGCUUCAGCCUCAGUUGUAAAAAGAGACUCUUGGGACGAGGCUAGACACAUUGCACCAAAUCGAACGGCGUAUGUAGACUGGAAUAACUAGACGCUAGAAAUGUGCACUCGAUUGAGACUACAGGCUUAUUUCGCCGAACAUAACUGAUUUGAAAUUGGAGUAAAAACGGAAACGAUUGAAUGAAAAUCAGUUUAUAUACAUUCAUAUUACAGUAUUAUAUGCGUUGCGACCCACUUUUGUCAAUUUCUAGGUCCUAAAUGUUAGCGAUUUAGCUCCUUUAAGCAUUCUUUGGAUUCCAUUUUACAGUUUGUGUUUGGAGAUAAUGAUUCUGUUUGUGACUUAGUUCAACACUAUUAUCCAGUAUAAGUAAAUGUAUAUAAUUGUACAUUACAUGUAUUUAAAAUGUAAGACGACAUUGUCCCAAAAACAUAUAGGGCAUAGAUUUUGUCAAAAUAAACAUUUGUAUCAGAUCACACGUGGUCUGCAAGCACUUGCUUUUGUUUUUUUAUGUUUUAUUUUAUACCGUUGAAUACUGGAUUGUGCAGCUUAAAGACCGUGUGACUGUUUCAGCCUUGGGUAACAAAUCU